GGAUCUUCUUUCUUUCUCCACACUAGGCGGUCCACUCUACUGCCCAGUUAGUGCGUCCGGCGUCCCCAUACCCAACAAUGUCAGACCUCGAGGCUCCCCUUCGCCCCAAGAGGAAGAAGGGUAUGGUGGACUUCCUUGUGCAGUUCAGAUGGAUUGUCGUUAUCUUUUUUGUCCUCCCAGUAUCCUUCAUGUACUACUUUGCCAUCUACCUCGGCGACGUGAAAUCGAACCUCAAAUCCUUCAAACGCCGCCAGAAGGAUCACGAGGAGAAUGUCAAGAAGGUCGUGAAGCGUCUGAAAGAAAGAAACGCGUCCAAGGACGGCCUUGUCUGCACGGCCCGAAAACCGUGGGUUGCUGUCGGAAUGCGGAACGUGGAUUACAAGCGGGCCCGCCAUUUCGAGGUCGAUCUAUCCUCGUUCCGGAACAUUCUAGACAUUGACACAGAGAAAAUGGUUGCCAAGGUUGAACCUUUGGUCAACAUGGGCCAGAUAAGUAGGGCCACGGUCCCAUUGAACGUGUCCCUUGCGGUUGUUGCGGAGCUGGAUGACCUUACGGUUGGAGGGCUGAUCAACGGCUACGGCAUAGAGGGUAGUUCACACUUGUACGGAUUGUUUUCUGACACUGUUGUAGCGUAUGAGAUCAUUCUAGCUGACGGGGAGGUUGUCAGGGCUACAAAGGACAAUGACUACUCUGACCUUUUCUAUGCCAUUCCUUGGUCUCAGGGUACCCUAGGGCUUCUCGUUUCGGCUGAGAUUAAGCUAAUACCGAUCAAGGAGUACAUGAAAGUGACCUACAAACCCGUGGUCGGUACCCUUAGGGAGAUCGCACAGGCAUACAUAGACUCAUUUGCACCUAGAGAUGGAGACCAAGACAACCCAGCUAAGGUUCCAGACUUCGUGGAAACCAUGAUAUACACUCCCAGAGAAGCUGUUUGCAUGACCGGUAGGUACGCAUCUAAAGAAGAGGCAAAACAGAAGGGGAAUAAGAUCAACAAUAUUGGUUGGUGGUUCAAGCCAUGGUUUUACCAGCACGCGCAGACGGCACUCAAGAAAGGGGAGUUUGUGGAAUACAUUCCGACCAGGGAAUAUUACCACAGGCACACAAGGUGUUUGUACUGGGAAGGCAAGCUCAUCCUCCCCUUUGCCGAUCAGUGGUGGUUUCGGUAUCUUCUUGGGUGGUUGAUGCCCCCCAAAGUUUCUCUACUGAAGGCUACUCAAGGAGAGGCCAUUAGGAACUUUUACCAUGACAAUCAUGUCAUCCAGGAUAUGCUUGUUCCUCUGUACAAGGUUGGAGAUGCUCUCGAGUGGGUUCAUCGCGAAAUGGAGGUAUACCCAAUUUGGCUAUGCCCACACAGGCUUUACAGGCUGCCAGUGAAAACCAUGGUGUACCCGGAACCAGGAUUUGAGCUGCACAGGAGGCAGGGAGACACGAGCUACGCUCAGAUGUACACAGAUGUUGGGGUGUACUACGCGCCUGGCUCUGUCCUCAGGGGGGAAAUCUUUGACGGGUCAUUGGCAGUUCGGCGAAUGGAGGAUUGGCUGAUUGAGAACCACGGGUUCCAGCCGCAGUACGCCGUGUCGGAGCUGUCAGAGAAGAGCUUCUGGAGGAUGUUUGAUGGCGGGCUCUACGAGCAUUGCAGGAGGAAGUAUAAAGCCAUAGUGUAGAAAUUUAAUAAGAGGGAAAAUAUUCUGUAUAUUCAACUGGCUUGUGCUUACAAAGGUCUAACCCCCUUUAUAUAAGAACAGAUCUUCUCGUGCUUCCUUCACCGCCACCGCCGUUCGUUCUCGUACUUCCCCCACCGCCACCGCCCCACGAUUCCCACUUUAGGUUUUACUCCGUAAUUCAUUUCUCUCCUUCACUUUGGUCAUCUGCACAAUCUCCCUCCUCCGCAGAAUUUGGCGAUUUUCCUCUUCAAUUUCUAGGUAAGAAAACACUAUUCGUGUUAUUUCCUACUCUCAUCAAGCUCUGCUUCGACUUCCUUGUCCCUAUAGAUUCAAUGGAAAUUGGAUCUUCAUCAAGCCAAUGAGUCACUGAGGCGGCGUGAAAAAAUAAACUUCAGACGUCAGCUUAGAUAUCGUGAAUUACGUGGUCGAGCAAAAAACAUCGCUUCCGCGACUACUCAACACUGCCCUACUAAUGAAGGAAAUGUUCAAAUGCUGACACAAUAAAGCAUGCCUUAGAAACAAAACAAUUUCAAGAUCCUUUGUCUGUUUUCGUAAGUCCAGAAGAUAUUGACAAGACAAGCACAUCGGACAUCAUGGACACACCGAAUCAGCAGCUGCAAUCGGAAAGUACACUUUAGAGAAGGGAUUACUUAUAAAUGCAUGCAGUGUGGGGAUAAAGAGGCAACAACUGCAAACAGGUUUAGGGCUGUAGAUGAAACAAGUGAUGGCAGUGGUACUCUACAGGUCACCCUCUUCACCAAGGAACUCCAAAAAAUAUUAAAGACACUAGAAUGGAAUACACUGCUGGAGGCAAUCAAUUCUCUAAAUCUGAACAAAUCCCUCCAAACACUCACAGUUAUCGCUGCCAUCAAACCAACAUCAAGCACUUACGAAAGACAAACAUCAAACAUCUACUCACUACUGAGCCUCUAUAGCCUCUCUCAAAAGCAAACAAGCACUCCAACUUUAAAGAGAAAGCUGAAGGUUGAAGAGGACAGCCACAAAAAGAAAACUUAAACCAUGUUUCAAGAACUUAGAUACUUUUUUUGACUUAAAUGUGUAUUCCUACCCCUCUUGUAACAUAUAUGUAUCCCAACAAGGUAGGAAUCCUCCACAUUUCAUAAAUGAAGUGCAUGUGAGCACUUCAAAUUUUGUAAAACAGUUCCUAUGUUAGAACUUAUACAUUUGCAACAUAUCAUAAAUGAAGUGUAGGUGA